CCAAACAGACCUUGCUUCCUCAGAGGUUGCUGGAGUAGUUGUGAAGAUCUACCAUGAACCAGAUGCAGGGCAAGUUUCAGUCUUACUAAGGGUCUGCCAUUUCUACAAGGCUGCAUUUGAAGGAUGGAAGCCCCAGCCAAUCAAGAGGCCCUGGCUUCUUUCCUGGUAGUUCUCCCAUGGCAAAACCUUUGCUGUUUCAGGUACUUUGAAUAUCUUGCAUACUCCAUGGAAGUAAUAUCUGCAAAGUCUUCUACUUCUAGAGAAUAGGGAUUCAUGACUUGAAGAAGAUCCCAGCUCUCAUCCAGCAUGGGCUUUAGUCGUGUCCAAAGGAAGCAUUGCAACCACUCUGAUGGAAGAGAUGGGGACGAUUUCAGCCCGAGUCUCAAGCCUACUUCUUAAGUGGUGGUGGUUCUUGAAGUGUGGCCUCCAGACCAUCAGCAUCAAACUGCAGACUCCCAGACCCUACUUCAGACCUACUGCAUCAGAAAUUCUGAAAGACACAUCUGCUUUAUGACUGAGUUAAAAAUAUAGAACCUCACAUGGAAUCCAGGAGUGAAGACUCCACCAGGCUGAUCUUUGUUGCUAUGACAGCCAGACGGCCAUUUAACCCACUCCAAGAAGAGUCAUCCCAAAGGGGGCAAGAAUUGUUGGGUGAAAUGAGACUUAUUUUUUAGAAGAAAAUGCAGUAGAAGUGAAAAUGGUGUACAUCAAAGCAACAGAAGAAAAGGAGCACCAUUCAGGUCAUAGUGCAAACAGAGGGACUCCAUAAUCUGUUUAGAUGAAUGCUUUAAAAGACACUCAAGUUGAGCUGAGCAUGGUGGGGCAGACCUAUACUGGUUUAAAAUUGAGGAACUUAAAUGGUGCUUGCCUUGUCCCUUGGAGUGGAUGUCCUAUGUAAGGAUGAGCCUCCAAUCCUGUCUUCGGAAACUUGAGCUAAGACAGGUAGCAUUGGGGAAACCAGCAACAGCAAUGACAACAAAAACCCGCUAGACCUGACCCUUCACACCAGAAUUGUCCUUUGACAGUCUGACCUUAGUUCUCAUUGAAUGUUUACCUGCAAGGCAAUGCAGGUACGUGUGGAGGCCAGAGGUUGAUGUCUGCAUGCUGUCUUCAGGUGCUUCUUCAAAGCAUUAUCCUGACUAGGAGGGAUGACAGAAGAUAAACAGUCGUGCCACUUGUCAUCUGAGCAAGAAACGUUAGCAAUCGAGAGCUCUGUGCAGCUCAAUCGAUAUCACCGGGCUGUGCCCGCUGAUGGGUUUUCGUCUAGUCGUUUCUCAGAGGCAGAGCACUUCCCAUGGAGAGGCAGGACCAAGGAAGAGGGGAGAGUGGUCUUGGGGCCAUCCUGGAGCUGUGUUCCCAGCCACCACACUAAUCCUGGGGACAGUGUGCCCAGACAAAGAUGGCUGGUGAGUUGACGCUCCUGCAUGCCACCUCAUUCUCCAGCUUCAUUCAUUUUGCUCUUCUCAUGUUUUCUUCCGGAGGUGGCCAGGUUCUUCUUCUCUUACACAAAAUAAAAGAAAACCUAUCCCGUGACAUUCUUCUGAAAACCUGCCAGCCACCUGCCUGCCAUUCCUGUUGAUUUCUCUCCUCUCCCACAGCCUCAUACAGGCUUUGGUUUCACUACUCUUCUGAAACUACCAAUCAGGAGUGGGUCCUAAAUGCAACCACAAAUGCCCUUAGAAGAAACAGAUGGAGGGAGAUUUGACUAUAGAAGGGUGAUAACUGUGGCCAGGGAAGCAGAGACUGGGCUGUAAAGCUAUCUGAUUUACAUCUGCUUGAGACUGGAGCUUGAAGUGAAAGGCAUUGGACAAUUGCUUCCACUUUGAAGAGAAUGUCUCUCGUUAAAAAAAGAAGAAGGAUGAGGAGGAGGAGGAAGAGGAGAAGAAGAAGAAUACAACGCCAGAGGUAUCUCUCCUGGUCAAGGCUUCAAAGAACCUUCCCUGGAAUCCACAGACUCAGUGGAGAUGGCCCAGCACGUGAGCUGAGCUGUCAAGGAGGAAGGUACAGGCAGCACCUUCUUUUUUCGGGACCUUCAGUGAACCAAGGAAACCAACAUAGCUGCAGUACGGAGGGGAAAAGAAGCCGAGGUGCAUUUGCACUCCAUCUAUAUAAGCAUAUGUUUAUAUAUGUUUAUGUAGUAGAAGAUGGAUCUGAAAAGUGGAGAGAAUGAAGCACAGUCAAGAUUCUGGGACCUGUUAUGGAUGCUAAAUGCCCCCACCGGCUCAUAUGCUUACAACUUGGUCUUUAGCCUGUAGCACUAUUGGGACUGGUGGGACCUUUAGGAGGUGGAGUCUAGUACAAGAAAGUUAGGUUGUUGGGGGCCAGCCUCUUAAGGGGGAUGUAAGGGCCCUAGAAUGUUAAGGGACUUCUCUCUUAGCUUUCUUUCUAGCUUCCAAGGUUAAGCAGUUUUGCUUUAUGCCAGUCUUUCCCCCCAUGCGCCCCCCCCUACAUGCCCAAAACAAGACAGUCAAGUGACUUUGAAACCAUGAACCAAAAUAAACUCUUUCUUCCUUUCACACUGACCAUUCAGACAUUUGGUCAAAGCAGUAGAAACUUAUGUAACAUAGGACCCCAUAUAGGACAUGGUACAAUAGAAACCUAUGUAACAUAGGACCCCAUAUAGGACAUGGUGCAAUAGAAACUUUUGUAACUUAGGACCCCAUAUAGAACAUGGUGCAAUAGAAACCUAUGUAACAUAGGACACAAUAUAAGACAUGUUGGUGAGUUCUCCAGGUUUUCUUUUUAUGUCACAUGUUCUAGGUGCGCAACCAAAGAGCACACCAGAAACCCUGACAGGCUAACUAUCAAAGAAAGGUUGCUUUCUCUGCCAAAUGUUGAGAGAGCACUUCUCAGCAUUAGCAGCUUCCUGACAGAGCUUGUCUCUCAUCAAAUCCUAGGAGAAACUGUGUCGUUCCUCUACCACCAGUGCCAGUGAAGGCCAGGCAGAGAACACGACUCCUGUUCACUGAGGUGGCAGCAGCUCUGCUUGGGUGGUGUCAGACAAAGCCAAGAGGAGAACUGCAACUUUCCUUUUGUGAACUUAGGAACAGCAACCACAGUUCUUCCUUCCACACGCAACUCCACCAGCAGUGGAAACUGCUCAGGUUCUGCUCGCAGCAGUGAGGCUGCCCUUCCCUUCCUGCUGGGCUGCUGCUGGAAAGGCAGCAGAAAGGAAGGCUGCAGAGAUUAGCAUUCCUGUUCCCCAAGGCAGGCAACAGGGGGAUCCUUCCACCUCACAAUAAUCUAGGUGGUCCAGCCUGUGUAGUUUGCGAGCCCUUAGAAGGUGCCUCUGUGCGCACUCAUCACUGUGCCUUUCUGACUCCAUCAUCAGCGUUGUUCUGAAGAGCUCUGAGCAGCGAAAGAAGUGGUCUAGCCAUGCCGCCCACCACAGCAACUGCUAGCCACAGGGGAGCCUGAAAGGUGAAGAGAACAUCAGUAAGCCGGGCAAUGCCUGACAAAAGCUUAUGCCAUGAAAAGACGAUUGCUUACCUGCCUGACACUCAGGGGUUCUCCCUGCAUAAGACUGUCACAUUCCUGUGCCAAUGCUGUGUGUCACUCUGUGUGUCCCCAUCUAUCACCAAUUGUGGCCCACUAACAAUCACGGGGACAGGAGAUCUGGGGAAGCCUAAAGUGGGGCAGCAAAGCUGCUGACUGAACCUUGGUGGCUAAAUGCUUUAUUCAACUUGAUGAGGACAAGAACUGGGAUUCUGUUAAAGGCUGAAGCUUCCACUGGAGAAAUGAUAGGAGCUGUCCAUGACUUUUGGAAUUCCCCAGAAAGGACCUAAAAAACUUACUACUUUUGCCCAGGUGUGCUCUGCUGCGAGGAGGUCUGUGGGUGUGAAAUCGCUGUUUCAUGGUCACUUUGGUAGCUAUGGAAACUUUGCCAUUGUGGCAAAUACAGCAGACCUAAGGCAUGUGCUGAGAAGUGUGACAUCAUUUAAUAUCCCAGCAUCCCCCGUGGAUGUCACUCUCCUUGCCUACAUAUGAGGGAACCUGUGAAAGAGAUGUCAGCCUCCUUCAUGAUGGGAGUCAGUGAUAUAUGAUAUGGCACUCUCUUGCCAUGGUGUCAACCGAAGGAAAUGAGGAAUAUUCUGGAGUAGCCUGUGCGGCUAAGCAGGCAUGUCUGGUAGACGGCAUGUAUGGGAUAUACUUGAGUUUACAACAGUUCAUCUAGCUCUAACAUCAUUAGCCUCUCUAACCUGUAGGCAGUGCUGAGAGCCAGGACGCCAUAUCACAGUUCUCAGACCUAAGGACACAUCAGCCCUUGGCUGUGUGAUCCUCGGAGAUUGAGAAGCGUGGGCGCAGCUAUAGUUUUGGAUUUAUUCAGUGAGUCAAGCAUCCGCCUCCAAGAGAUGAUGAUGACUGCAAACAAUGCUAUAGUUAAACAAGGAGAGAAGAAAAUGUAAAUUCUCCUUCAAGGUUCUCUAUCAGUUUAAACGUGUGAUUUGGAAGUCAGCGGUUUCCCAGUGUCGUGGGGCUGAGCAUGCGUGUGUUCAAUAGGCGUCAUACAUGAUGCAAGAAGAGCAGCUUGGGAAACCCUAGGAUCUGGCCUCUGAGGUCUUUCAGCUCCGAUCCCGAGGUCCCCCAGGGCAAUGAUUCAGUUCCUCCUCCCCAUGUUGGAACCACUUGUUGACUGUAAGCUCAAGAGACUCAAGAGACGUCACCAUUUGUAAGCUCGGCUUCAGCGUCCUCCGAGAGGAGCCAGCUGGCAACAGUGCCGAAAGCAGUAAACACAUUGGCCCUUUCUCUAUUGGCAGUGCCACGGACGUGACGUUCAAGAUGACUGGGUCUCUGAGCCGAGACUGCAGAGCCACUGUAGCUUUGCCUUCGAGCCCAAGGGCAAGUCCGAUUCCUGCUGUUUGCUGUGUGUGUUGACCCAAAGGACAUCCCACUGUGUCUUCAUCCUUCAAGCAGCCUUUGCAUUAUUGCACUGACCUGGAAAUGAAGCCAAUGUGAAGCACAAAGCUGAGCAGUAAAGAGGAAGGGGAUCUGGAUACAGGACUCCUUGACUACCAGUUGGACCACCAGCUCAGAGGAGGCACCACCCACAGUGGGCUGGGCCCUCCCAUAUCUAUCAGCCAUCAAGAAAGUGCCUCACCAACAUGCCCAAAGGCCAAUCUGAUGGAGGAAAUUUUCAGGUCAGAAGUGUUUGCUUCACAUACGGAGGCUGUGCUGUUAGAAUUGCUAUGGGGUCCGGUCCUACUUAGAUCCACGAGUGUGCUUGUAUGGAUUCCAACAAGGUCUGGGGCUGAAGAGCCACAAAGGUACACCAAGCUAGGAUGGGUCAAGGGGAAGCAAGUCACUGUGCUGGGAAGCCUCGAACCUGUGAACAUGUUCCUGGGGAUCCCUUUCGCUGCACCCCCUCUUGGAGCCCUGCGAUUUUCCAGUCCACGGCCUGCGAUCCCCUGGGUUGGCUUGAGAGAAGCCACCUCCUAUCCCAGUUUGUGCUUUCAGAACCCAGAGUGGCUCGCCAUAUAUCAAAAAGUACUCCAAGUGCAUUACCCUAAGUUUGAAGUCUCAGAAGACUGUCUGUACCUCAACAUUCAUGCGCCAGCCCAUGCCAACUAUGACUCCAGUCUCCCGGUCAUGGUGUGGAUACCAGGAGGUGGCUUUGAGACUGGCUCAGCCUCCAUCUUUGAUGGGUCUGCCCUGGCUGCCUACGAAGAUGUGCUGGUUGUGACCAUCCAGUACCGCCUAGGAAUAUUUGGCUUCUUCACCACACGGGACCAGCAUGCCCCCGGGAACUGGGCCUUCCAGGACCAGCUGGCAGCCCUGCUAUGGGUCAAGGAGAACAUCAAGUUCUUCGGUGGAAACCCUGACUCGGUGACACUCUUUGGUGGCUCAGCAGGAGCCAUAAGCAUUUCUAGUCUCAUUCUGUCUCCUUUGAGCACUGGCUUAUUCCACAGGGCCAUCAUGGAGAGCGGAGUGGCCAUCAUUCCGAACCUGAAGGGCCUCGAUGAUGAGCGGAGAAAUGAUCUGCAGGUGGUUGCGGAUGUCUGUGGUUGCAGUGUGUUAGAUUCCCAGGCUAUGCUGAAGUGCCUCAGGGAAAAGUCUUCCUUGGAGUUGCUGAGCCUUGGCAAGAAAACAAGGUCAUUCACUCGAGUGGUCGAUGGUUCUUUCUUUCCCGAUGAACCGCUAGAGCUGCUGUCUCAAAAGGCAUUUAAAGCACUUCCUUCUAUCAUUGGAGUCAAUAACCAAGAAUGUGGUUACAUUCUGCCCAUGAAGGACACCCCUGAGAUCCUCCUCGGCUCCAACAAGUCUGUUGCUCUUAACUUGAUACACAUUUUCCUGCACAUCCCUACCCAGUAUUUGCACGUUGUAGCUAAAGAGUACUUCCAUGACAAGCACUCCCUAACUGAGAUCCGAGAUGCUUUACUGGACUUGCUUGGAGAUGUGUUCUUUGUGGUUCCUGGGCUGGUCACAGCUCGAUACCACCGAGAUGCUGGUGCACCUGUCUAUUUUUACGAGUUUCAGCACCGACCCCAGUGCUUUGAAAACACAAGGCCAGCCUUUGUGAAGGCCGACCACACAGAUGAAGUCCGCUUUGUCUUUGGAGGUCCUUUUCUGAAGGGCGACAUAGCCAUGUUUGAGGAAGCCACUGAGGAAGAGAAGUCGCUAAGCAGGAAGAUGAUGAAAUACUGGGCUAACUUCGCCAGGAGCGGGGAUCCUAAUGGGGCCGGCCUGCCUCCGUGGCCAAUCUACGACCAGGACGAGCAGUACCUGAAGUUGGAUUUGAACAUGAGUGUCGGACAGAGACUGAAAGAUCAGAGAGUGGAUUUUUGGACGGAUACCCUCCCUCUUAUCAUGUCUGCUUCAGAAGCACUGCCCAGUCCCGCUUCCCCCUUAAUCCUCUUUUCUCUACCUUUGCCUUUCCUUUUCUCUGUCGCUCUUUAGAAGUCAUCACUGUGUGGUUCUGAAUUUUUUCCUCCUUCGAAGUUUCCCCAUUAACCAUUAUCCUCAUUCCCAGUUGAGCUGCUUUCUGUGGGAAUCUCUGUUCACUAAUCUGCUUUAGCUGCUGUUUUAUGGACUUAGGGCUGAACCUCAUGAAAUUCUUUUCAAUGUCUAAAAAUUCAAUUUGUCUUAGAAGGUAAUGAGAUUUUCUCAAUGAGUCUGAAGGAGGCCUGGCCCAUCCCUCGCCAUAUAAUGAUCCUGUUACUCACAUGAAAUAAAAUCAGAAUGCAAAAUAUAUGCAAAAUAUAUAACAGAAUUUAAUUUGUGCGGAUAAAUCCCCGCCUUCCCACACCACUCAAGAUACA